AUGGCCUCUCCCAUGAUCAUCAUGGACCCUGCUAGAAGACCUGACAGGUGUCACUAUCACCUCUCAGAUAGCAACUUAACAUGGGACAUUGUUCAGCAAGGGAAAAAGCCCCUGGGCCGGGCCAGACCAGGCCAGCCGUUACUCUUGAGCUAUGAUGAUGAUGAUGAUGAUGAUGAAUAUGACCACUGCCCUGUAAAGCAGCCUUUCACUGCCCUGACACAACAGUGCAACGAACAGGCAGCAGACGGCACAGAGAAAGUGGAACCCAAAGAACAACCAGCACCAGAGAAGAGGAGUCUGGCCCAACCACCAGAGAAGGAGGCAACACAGGAAAGGAAAGCCACACACUCCUUUCUCCAGAAGCUGAGAGAGGCUGGUCAGUCAAAGCCUGCCUGUCCUAGGAAAGCCCUGGCGUCUCCAGUGAGAGAACCUCCUCUCACCGAGCUGGAGGAUGACUUCCUGAUCCUGGAGGAUUAUGAGCCUCCCUGGUUCUCCCAUCGCUGGAAGUUUGACCCCAUCAGGACCACAGCCAAACCACGACCAAAGCAGCAGAACCAAUCACACAGUAGUGACAAUGCCUCAGCAGACAUACUCACCAAGGCUACAGCCAAUCAGAGAUCAGGAGGGACAGACAGACCUCGGACAACUAAAGAGAAGAAGGGAAAGAAUCCUACAACCAGGAAGGAGAGGGACUCUAGUCCCCCGGGGGUAGGACCUCAGGGUGAUGGGCCUGUUAAUCAUGUUGACCUCGAGGCAGACCACAUAGAACAAGACAAGAAGAAAGUCAACAACCUGUUAUCUGAACCAACGACAGCAGGUGACCUGGAACAAGAGGCACCAGGAGGAGGGGCCAAGCCUAAACCUAGCCACACCAAAACAGAAAAGAAAGUUCCCAGAAUCUCUAAAUCCAAAGCUGGUAUCCAAGGUGACAAGGUGAACCCCAAGACGAGCCGAGGACGAGGCCGGCAGUCUGGGAAGACCAGGAGACUGUCAGGUCGAGCUGGGGAGGAGCCCGUCACCAUGGAGGAGGAGAGUGAAGCGGCUGCAGACCAGGAUGUUUCUCCAGUUCUACAGUCGGCACCAACAGGACAGAGACGAGUCAUCUCUAAGGUUCCAGCCAAUUGUAAGGCCCAGGAGGUCUGCCCCGCCCCUACUGGUGAGGCUGACUCCUCCCAGUUAGCAGGGAAGAGGAAGAGGACCGAGCCUGGUCCCUGGUGGCUCAUCAGUCCUGUCAACACACAGCUCACAGAGACAGACAACAAGUCCAAACAGAAUAACAAGACAACUACAUCUAAACCAGCAAGACAUUCCUCUGUGGAGUCAGGGCAGGAGGACGGGCCAUCAAAACCCUUGUUUAAUCAGAACGCAAAGAAGAAACCCUCGUCCAAUCAGUCAGCAGCAAAUAAACCCUCGUCCAAUCAGACCACAGAGAAGAAACCGUGGUCCAAUCAGACUGCAGAGCAGAAAGCAGAGAAGCCCAAGAAGGGCAGACCUAAGAAGCAGACGAUAGCCAGUACAGAGGAGCCAGCGAGGCCUGAAGGUCAGAGAGGAGAGGAACAGGAGGCCAUGCCCAGCCCUCUCAGACAGCAUACACUCACCUCAAGUGAGAAGGUGUUUGACUGGCUCUACAACUGCACUACCAAGUGUAAACCCCAGAGUGAUGCCACACCCACUAACAUUACCCCCCACUCUGCUACCGUUACCCCCAGCAGGCAGCAGCACCAGGCCAGGGAGGCUUCAGAGAAACGCAGGAGCAGGAAAGCUCCAGUGAACUGGUGGGAGACCAACAACCCCCCAGAGAAUGCUGGCCGCACCUUUUCCUUCCCUCAACAACCCCAGCCUUACCCCAAAACACCUUCACCCCAUCAACCCCAGCCUAACCCAAAAACACGCAAGGUGGUGAGAAGUAAGUCCAAGCCCAGACCAGUCCGGACCAGGCCUGCUAAGUCCCUGCGACCUCCUCAGAACGGCAACACAGCCUCCUCACCUCGACCUGGAGCAGUUCAGACCCUGGUGAAGAGGAAGGACCUCUCCACUCCCAAGACGGUCAAGCGCUCUCUGGCCACCUUUGGCGCCAUCUUCUCCUCGGGCAGAGAAGCGCUCCCGGUGGCCACUGUCAGAAGCACGUUGCAGACUUCAGGGAGGAAAGCCCUAUUCCCUGAAGAGCAGUCAGCCCAGAGUCCCAGCGUCAGCCUCAGCACUGGUCCAGCUAAGGACCCCUCCCAGGACCCAGCCAGUGACAGGAGCUCCAGCCUUGUGGAUCUGAGUGCCAGUACUGUCUGCUAUAUAGAGCCUGUUGGAAAGCUGGGGGAAAAGACCAGACGCCGAGACUUCUCCCAAAGCAACAACCGACUCUCAGACAACACGUUAGAAAGUUUCGAAAGCGGACCGUCUUCCAUGAUUGAACUGGAGGAUUGUGAAGAGCAUGAGGACAUCUGGCUCCCGUCAUCCAGAGUGGCGCCCCAUCUGUCUAUCCAUCCGUCUGUCCAUCCGUCUGUCCAUCCGUCUGUCCCUCCUGGUAUCGUGCUGUCAGAUCCUGAGGCUGUGACUGUGGCUGUUUGUGCUCCUCCUCUUAGAGCCAUCACACUGCAGCUGGAGGACAAGGCCAACCUCGCCGACUGGCUGGCUCUGCUCUGGCCUGCCACCGGGAAACAGGGAGGCCAGAUCAGCCCAGAUCAUUUCCAGUGGUUCUCGUACCGAGACAGUGCUCUGGGUUACAAGAUGGACCUGCUGGCUGAAACCUUCUCUAAUGGAAAGAUCCUGCUGGGCUCCUACAUGAAGAAACCUCUGCUGGUGGACCACAGCGCUACCACUGUGUAUAACCUCCUAACCAGCUCAGUGACUGUGACGAUCAACGGCAAAGAGAACCAUUAUAACCCAGGACAGACCUUCAUGGUCCCAUGUGGCCAUGCCUACAGCCUCCACAACCUGACCCAGGAACCUGCUGCUCUACACUUCACCAGGAUGCUGGCAGAGAGCUCAGAUUGAGGCCUGGGGACCACAGCCAGGGGUUCAGUACAGGACAGAGAAGUGAAGGAGCCUUACAGAGGACCACCAGGGCUACAAUUUGGGACCACAAUCAGUCAUUUAAAAAUGAAGUGUCCGUCCAACUACGAGGAACCCCGGUUUCCAUGCAACAUGGAG